GCUAGCUACCAUUGAACCAGAACCACAAAAUCUACCCACCCUUAAUAGCCUCAACCAACGAUCCUUAUAAUUACAAAUCCACCCGCUCCUUUCAUCCCAUUCAAUUCCCAAACAUAUACUCAUAACUACUCUGCAUUCCUGCUCGAGUAUACAUCCGACUAUUUAGAGCUUAAUAGCCGGAAACAAUGUCUGCGCCACCGUCCGUCACCGAAAUCGAAGUAGAGAACCACGUGUUUCCGGCGGAGGUGAAGCCGCCGGGCUCCGUGAACACAUUGAUCCUUGGCGGUGCAGGGGUGAGAGGGUUGAACAUCGACGGGAAGUUCAUCAAAUUCACGGCUAUAGGCGUCUACUUGGAAGCUGACGCCGUUUCAUCCCUCGCCGUUAAGUGGGGCGCCAAAACCCCAGACGAGUUGACGGAUUCGGUCGACUUUUACAGGAACAUUGUCACCGGGCCCUUCGAGAAACUGACACAGAUAACAAUGAUUUUGCCGCUGAGCGGUAAGCAAUACUCGGAGAAGGUGACGGAGAACUGCGUCGCUUAUUGGAAAGGCGCGGGGAUAUACGGCGAUGAAGAGAGCGCAGCUAUACAAAAGUUUCUUGAUGUUUUCAGUGAUCAAAUGUUUCAACCUGGCGCCUCUAUUCUCUUCACUCACUCACCCCUUGGCUCAUUAACGAUUUGCUUCUCCAAAGAUGGGUCAAUGCCUGAGACAGCAAACACAGUAAUAGAGAACAAGCGACUCUCAGAGGCAGUUUUGGAGUCCAUCAUUGGGGUCAACGGCGUCUCUCCGGCAGCAAAGCAGAGCCUAGCCCUGAGGCUAUCGGAGUUGGUUAAGAGCUCUCGCAAUGGCGACACAAAUGUUGGUUCAGAGAAUUAAGCUAUUCCAAUUUCCAAACGCAGCCUUGUCUGCAUAGAGAGGCAUGUUUUAUUUGGAAGAGUGUUUUAUUUGGAAUUAGUCAAUGGUGGGGUCGGAGAUGUAUUAAGUAAUGGACAAAUAGAGAAAUUCUCUUAGGGGGUGUUUGGGAGCCACGGACCCGUUAUUAUCACAAUAAAUAUCUGACUCAUUCCGCUCAUCCUAAAUUUCAUGAAAAUUCUGUAACAGUUUAUAUUUCAUUACGAAAAUUUUCUUGAUAUGAAAUAAACUUUGGAUGUUUUUAUUUGGACUGAAUUUUCUGGUUUGAUCUGAUUUUUUUAAGUUUGGUCUGGUGUGAACUGGUUGGUCUGAGUUGUUAAAAUCUAGCUUGAUCUGAUAUGAUGUGUUAAAGUAUGAACUGAUUUGGUCUGGUCCGG